AACAAAACAAAUCUCACAGCGAGUAUUUUGUCUUUUUGACUUCUCUUUUCAGAGCUAUAUUACGAGCAGGGCCUUGAGCUUCCCCAGCAUCUACAAGACUAGCAUCUCCUUCAAUCAGGAGAGCUUUUUCUCGUCUUCAUCAUUCUCUGCAGAGCCUUACACCAGCUACCCCGCCAUCAAUAUUUACGAGGGGCAAAAAGCGUGCACAGUUCUUUUCGUAUAAGACAGCAGUUCAGUUUCGCUACAAUGGCUGCCAAAACGGAUCUCAAUACCUACAAGUUCAACCACUCGAUGAUUCGAGUCAAGGACCCCAAGGAGUCUGUCAAGUUUUACGAGUUCCUUGGAAUGAGUGUGGUCCGCAAGCUCGAGUUCCCUGAAGCCAAGUUCGAUCUCUACUUCAUGGCCUACAACAACAAGGGUGCAGUCUCGUUUGGAAACUCUGCCAUUGACCGUGAGGGCGUCAUUGAACUCACUCACAACUAUGGCACUGAGAGUGACCCCAACUACACCAUCAACAAUGGAAACAAGGAUCCUCACCGAGGAUUCGGUCACACUUGCAUCUCCGUCGACAACCUCCAGGCCGCCUGCCAGCGCAUCGAGGAUGCUGGGUACAAGUUCCAGAAGAAGCUCACCGAUGGACGCAUGAAGCACAUUGCAUUUGCCUUGGACCCCGAUGGAUAUUGGGUUGAGAUUAUUGGCCAAAAGCCUAUUGAAGAGACCGCUAACAUCAAAGAAACUGAUGUCACCACCUACCGCAUGAACCACACCAUGAUCCGUGUCAAGGAUCCCCAGAAGUCUCUCAAAUUCUACCAAGAAGUUCUGGGCAUGUCUCUUUUCCGGACCAACGAGUCUCCCGAUGCGGGCUUCAACCUCUACUUCCUCGGCUACCCUGGCACCCAGGGCGUUCCUCAAGAAGGCCGAACCAGCGACCGUGAAGGCUUACUGGAGUUGACCUGGAACUACGGUACCGAGAAGGACGAAAACUUUUCCUACCACAAUGGCAACGACCAGCCUCAAGGCUUUGGUCACAUCUGCGUUUCCGUUGACGACUUGGACGCUGCUUGCCAGCGAUUUGAGGACCUGAAGUGCAACUGGAAGAAGAGACUGACGGAUGGCCGCAUGCGCAAUGUCGCAUUCCUGCUGGAUCCCGAUGGAUACUGGGUUGAGGUUGUGCAGAACGACAGAUACAGCGACAAGAACGUUGUUUAAAUCAAAUUACUGUUAGUAGUAGUAGUAUAUAGCUCCGUUAUGAGGAAAAGUACAUGUAGCAUGAAACAAGAUUUUAGCCGUCGUCAACACAAGUAUGAUAUGCAUACUAAGAGGCGAUGAAACGAACCCAUCUGGGUAGCGUAUCAAUAGCCUAGUUCAUGGAUGCAGCUCCUUCAGCUUAUGCACGGC